UGUAAAUCGUGUUUCUCCAAUAAGUUGAUUUAUAUUAUAUUCUUCGGCGAAAACCGGAUCGCCAGAGUAGCCGGAUACGAGAAAUCUUCCAAAAAGAUUGUCCCUACUGUGAGUAAAAUUGUGAGUUUUUUUAUUCUUCCAAGGCCAGUACUGAUCUGCGUCUAGUCCGAGAUGGUUUGAUCUCUCGUAUGACUCUCUAAGGAUUUGCGAUAGAGGCUAUUUGUUUUUGGUGAUUUAAAAUUCUAAUUUUGAGAGAGUUCGAUUCUUCUUCCCGGACUUGACGAUGAGGUCGUUUACUCUUACCGUAAUUCUUUUGACGAUAUUUACCCACACCAACGAAUCAACUUUGACUACCUAUUUCUUUCCAAAUUACUAUUGCAAUCCAUCGUUAUGCUCGAGUGGCGGUCCACAUGUAGCAUGUUCUUCAGCGUAUCCGUUUGGCUCGAAUUGCAAUGGAAAGCAACCUCAACUGGUGAUAAUGAGUUCCGAUCUCAAGAGUCAGAUUCUUGAUCAGCAUAACAGGCAACGAUCACUGCUGGCCAGCGGUCAACUGCCGGGUUAUUCUCCUGCAGUAAAAAUGCCGACACUCCAGUGGGAUCUAGAACUACAAUACUUAGCAGAAGCAAAUGCACGGUCGUGUGAGUACGGUCAUGAUAAGUGUCGUAAUACGUACUGGAGUAAAUAUGUUGGACAGAAUAUUGCUAUUAUAAGACACUUUGGACUAAAAAUUUCCAAACAAGAGGCGAUCAAAUAUUUCAUUGAUGCCUGGUUCAAUGAGUACGUUUAUGCCUGGGGAUACGUUGAUAGCUAUCCGCAGUACUACUAUGGUCCACAAAUAGGACAUUUCACACAAAUCAUCAAUGAUCGCACUAUCAGAAUCGGUUGCGGUAUGGUCUCAUACAAAACUUACAACGGAGAUAUUUGGACGAACGAUUAUUUUGUGUGUAAUUACUCAUUUACAAACAUUAUUGGACAACCUACUUACAUUAAAGGAACCUCCGCAUCACAAUGUGUCUCCGGUAUCAGUACUGUAUAUCCUGGACUAUGCAAUUGAUGCCUCCAAUGACUGAUGAUAAAACAUUCAUUCACUAAGAAGAAAAUAAAAAA